GCGACAGGCACCAGCCGAGACUGUGGCGGAGGUCCAGACACAAUAGACUGGGGUCCGGCUCUUCUCCAAUCCAAACCGGUAUGUCGGAUGAGGAUUCCCGUGCCAGUACCAGCUCUUCGUCAUCACCACCUUCCUCCAGCCAAACCAGACAGAGGGACACGCCUUGCAAGAAGAAACGGGAGAGCAAAGCCAGCAUGAGCAAGACCUCCAAGCUGCUUUCCACCAGCGCCAAAAGGAUUCAGAAAGAGCUGGCCGACAUUACUCUGGACCCUCCGCCAAACUGCAGUGCUGGCCCCAAAGGAGACAACAUCUAUGAGUGGAGGUCGACCAUCCUGGGACCACCAGGCUCCGUGUACGAGGGAGGAGUCUUCUUCCUGGACAUCGCCUUCACACCCGACUACCCCUUCAAACCCCCCAAGGUAACAUUUCGUACGAGGAUCUAUCACUGCAACAUCAACAGUCAGGGUGUGAUCUGUCUGGACAUCCUGAAGGACAACUGGAGUCCCGCCCUCACCAUCUCCAAGGUGCUGCUGUCCAUCUGCUCCCUGCUCACAGACUGUAACCCAGGUGAGACAUGUGAAAAUGGGGUCAAAACUCUGAACAGUAUUUAA